UUCAUAUGCAUUGUGGUCGCACAAAGGAAAGCACUUGAUGAAGAAGGAUGAGUAUUAUUCCGAGGAAAUUUGUUCAAAAGUUACAAGAAGAGAUUGCACAGAGAAAGGCGAGGAAAAAGGCAAGGCGUUUGAAAGAGAGCUCAAAGAAGUGCGAGAUAUGUGGUAUGGUGGUGCUGCGUAUCAGGUAUAAACGUCAUCUAGAAGUGCACAAUACUACCAAAGACUGGCAGUGCGAAAUUUGUCAUAAUUAUUACAAGACGAGGCGCUACCUCACAGAUCAUAUGAAGAAGACUCAUAAUGCUACAAAAAUACCAUGCGAUAUAUGCGGAUUAAAGUUUAAAGGAAAAACUUACCUAGAGAUUCAUAGGCAGACACACGGACCAAAAGACAAACAUUGUCCAAUUUGUGGUAAAGGAUUCACAACUAUGAUGUACCUCAAAACUCACCAGCUUACACAUGAAGAGAAAAAGAGAUUCCGUUGUGACCAAUGCAUGGCCGCCUUUAGCCAUAAACAGCGAUUAGCCAUCCAUAUGGUAGAGGUUCACGGAGAAGGAGCCAGUCGACCGUGCAAGUACUGUGGUGAUUUAUUCCCAUCACGACAGAAGGCUCGAAGACACGAAAGAGUUAUCCACGAAGGUUUCACCGUUCCGACUAAACUUAAGAAAAAGACCAAUUACUAUAAUGUUGUUAAUAUUGAUAACACCGACAAUGAAUCUUUAGAACGUAAAAUCGUGAGGCUGAUGCCUAAUACGUCAGGAUAUGUAUCCGUGCCUGGCGGGAUGAUUAAAGUACCGAUCGCAACAAAUAUACAAGAUACGGCACUGGUAGUGAAUGAUACAAUUCCUGUUUCCGGGGAUGUUGAUGCGUCGGAUAUGAACAGUGACAGUCAAUUUAUCAAACUUGAGAACGGUAACGAAUACAAAGUGAUGAUCGAAAAAGACGGGACAGAAGAUUCAUUAGAAUUCGUGGAAUUGACGGAAGAGGAACAGAACGUUAUCAUUCAGGAAGCGGAUAAUAUAAUAUCACAUGGUGAUCCUUUGACAGAAGAACAGACCGAUAAUGUAGAACAAAUUUUGGAAAUUCCCGAAAAUGCGGAACAGUGUCAAAUUCUUUUGUAUCCCGAUGGGACAUUUAAACUGCUGAACGUUGUCGAUAAACCACAUUUAAGUUAAUAAAUAAGUUGAUUUGUUUUUGGAAAUUCUUUAGUAUUUUUUAAAAGUGCAGAGCAUGAGUGUAAAAGAUAUAAAGAAAAAUCUCUCUUCAAAAUCAGAUAUAUGCCCUAUUUACUAAAAGAAAAAGAACAACAAGUUUUUAUUUAACAUUGUAUAUCCAAUUGUUUUUGCAUCGAAACUACAUUUUGUAUUUAAAACUAAAAUGGCAGCAUUUAACUAUAAUAAUGAUUUCAUGAAAUCUGUACUUGGUGUUUGAUAUACUUCACUAUAUCUUUCAAUGUAUAAAACUGGAACUAAAUUUCUAUAUUUCACUCAGUUUCAGUGUGAGAUGACUUAUAUUUCACUGAUAGUUACAUUUGACUAUCUUAUUGAAAAGAAUUAGGUAUUAAAUUUUAUUUGCAUGGCUUUCAGUCGGAGAUGACCAUUUUUGAAUUCAAAUUCCUUAAAACCAUAAUGCUUAAUGCUAGUAUUAAAUUUAUGGAUUGUUAAAUAUCAAAUCUUUGAGCAGAAACCAACUAUUAAAGGGACUCCACCAAGGGUUUUUGACAUGAUGGGAAUGGAAAUGAUUUUUUGAGAUUAAUGUUCCAUUUGAAACAGGUUUACACUAAUAAUUUGUGUGCAAAAUUUUAGAUCAUUGGCUCACACCAGUUUUUUUUCAGGAUAAUCAUUCUAACUAAGACAAAUGACCCAAAAUUGAAAAACAUUGCAACGCUUUGCUGCAAUGCUGUUAUUCAGAUCAGGCUAAGAAUAUUACAAAAAUUUAAUUUUCGAGUAUAUUUCUUUAUCAUCCUUUGCAUAUCUUUCUGAUUUAGUUAACUGCCCCAGCUCAUCUUUGUAAAUAAAACUUAAAAUUUAUAUUUUCAGGCUUUUGGACUUUCAGUGGAGUUCCUUUAAUAUUGAUGUUAAUUGAGUUAUGAUUGUGGUUCAUUUAUGUUGCAUUAUGAUUUUGUUACAAUGAUGUAAUACAGGUACAUUUGUUAUUCAUUCAUCAUUUGAUUACCAUGUUGCAUUUUGUCCGAAUUAAAUGUUAAGUUAUUUCCAGUAUUUCACUUACCAAUGAAUUUGCAUGUUGUGCUCUGCCAAAAUAAUGUUUUGUUAAUUGAAUUAUUCUAUUCAUUAAUAAAUUGCCAUGUUUUGUUUUAA